AUGGUACAAAGUACAAAACAGGGAAAUGGUACAAUGAAGGCUGCUAGAGGUCGGUGCCUCCGCAUGUCCGGGGUAUGGGUGCCCCCCGUCGCCAUCUCGGGCACAGAGGUCAAGUUCACGUGCCACUAUGAGACGAGUCCUUCGCUCAACGACACCCUGUACUCGCUCAAGUGGUACCGAGGGCACGACCAGUUCUACGAGUACAUUCCCAGAAAUAUCCCGCCGAUGAAAGUCUACGAGAGCGCCCACGUUCAUGUCGAUUCAUCCAUUCAUUUCAUCCAGCUCUCUCCUCUGCCACAGAAAUCCCAGAGUGACGCCAACACUGUGGUUCUGAAGGGAGUUACACGUGAGACUUCAGGAAGCUUUCAGUGUGAAGUUGUGGGCGACAAACCCCUUUUCGAGACGGAUAACUACACGAAGAACAUGACGGUUGUCGACAUACCCCCCUGGGGCCCAAGGCUCACCCACAGACCCCUGAGCUCGAAGGUGGGCGUGCAGGACAUCAUUCAGGCCCGGUGCGAGGUGGGCCCCUCCGACCCGCCCACGGAGAUCACGUGGACCAUCAACCGCGCGCCCGCACCGCCCUACGCCCGCGUCAAGACCUACAGGAACGAGAAUCGAGUCCACGUGUCGGACCUCCACAUACAAGUCACCGAGGACCUAUUCUACAAAGGGGAGCUCGUGGUGGCGUGCGGGGCCAAGCUCCUCUCAGCCUUCGAUAAGACAGCUAACGUUACCUUCGUCGACGUGAACGCUCCCGAGCCUGCGGGGUACGGGUGGCUGUCGGCAGGAAUAUUGAUAACUGAUUUGAUACUAUUUUCUCAAAAACUUUGA